CAGCGGGCUGCGUGGGGCGGCGGCGGCGAGCCGGGGCCAUGCAGGCGCGCUACUCCGUGUCCAGCCCCAACUCCCUGGGAGUGGUGCCCUAUCUCGGCGGCGAGCAGAGCUACUACCGCGCGGCGGCGGCGGCGGCCGGGGGCGGCUACACUGCCAUGCCGGCCCCCAUGAGUGUGUACUCGCAUCCCGCGCACGCCGAGCAGUACCCGGGCGGCAUGGCCCGCGCCUAUGGGCCCUACACACCGCAGCCGCAGCCCAAGGACAUGGUAAAGCCACCCUACAGCUACAUCGCGCUCAUCACCAUGGCCAUCCAGAACGCCCCGGACAAGAAGAUCACUCUCAACGGUAUCUACCAGUUCAUCAUGGACCGUUUCCCCUUCUACCGGGACAAUAAACAGGGCUGGCAGAACAGCAUCCGCCACAACCUCUCGCUCAACGAGUGCUUUGUCAAGGUGCCCCGCGACGACAAGAAGCCGGGCAAAGGCAGCUACUGGACGCUGGACCCGGACUCCUACAACAUGUUCGAGAACGGCAGCUUCCUGAGGCGGCGGCGGCGCUUCAAGAAGAAGGACGCCGUGAAGGACAAGGAAGAGAAGGAUCGGCUGCACCUCAAGGAGCCGCCGCCUCCGGCUUCGGGCCGCCAGCCUCCGGCCGCACCGCCGGAACCCGCGGACGGCGCCGCGCCGGGACCGCAGCCGCCGCCAGUGCGCAUCCAGGACAUCAAGACGGAGAACGGUACGUGCCCCUCGCCGCCCCAGCCCCUGUCCCCGGCCGCCGCGCUCGGCAGCGGGAGCGCCGCAGCGGUGCCCAAGAUCGAGAGCCCCGACAGCAGCAGCAGCAGCUUGUCGAGCGGGAGCAGCCCCCCUGGCAGCCUGCCCUCCGCGCGGCCGCUGAGCCUGGACGGUGCGGAGCCCGCGCCGGCCCCGCCACCCGCCCCUCCCGCGCCACCGCACCACAGCCAGGGCUUCAGCGUGGACAACAUCAUGACGUCGCUGCGGGGGUCGCCCCAGGGCGCCGCGGCGGAGCUCGGCUCCGGCCUGCUGGCCUCGGCGGCCGCGUCGUCGCGCACGGGCAUCGCACCCCCGCUCGCGUUGGGCGCUUACUCUCCGGGCCAGAGCUCCCUCUACAGCUCCCCCUGCAGCCAGAGCUCGAGCGCGGGCAGUUCGGGCGGUGGCAGUGGUGGCGGUGGCGGCACGGGGGCCGGUGGCGGCGCGGGGACCUACCACUGCAACCUGCAGGCCAUGAGCCUGUACGCGGCGGGCGAGCGCAGCGGCCACUUGCAGGGCGCGCCCGGGGGCGCGGGCUCGGCGGUGGACGACCCCCUCCCCGAUUACUCCAUGCCUCCUGUAACCAGCAGCAGCUCGUCGUCCCUGAGCCAUGGUGGGGGAGGCCAGGAGACGGGCCACCACCCAGCGACACACCAAGGCCGGCUCCCCUCAUGGUACCUGAACCAAGCAGGCGGAGACCUGGGCCACCUGGCCAGCGCGGCGGCGGCCGCCGCCGCGGGCUACCCCGGGCAGCAGCAGAACUUCCAUUCCGUCAGGGAGAUGUUUGAGUCCCAGCGGAUCGGCUUGAACAACUCGCCAGUGAACGGAAACAGUAGCUGUCAGAUGGCGUUCCCGGCCAGCCAGCCCCUGUACCGCGCGUCCGGGGCUUUCGUCUAUGACUGCAGUAAGUUCUGACCCCACCCUGGCCCCUCAAAAGCCGAACUUGAUGGAACAGCCAAAGCAGGAACAGCCCAAAGAAAACAUCAAUGCAAAAUCGAAACCAAAAUUACCCAAUUUCAAGAACUCCAGAAAAUUCACCAGCCAACACUCCCAAAAUUCAAAUCGCCAGCACCAGCCCAAAGAAAACUAUUUUCUUAAAAGAUUAAUUCAGAACCACCUCCACUUUGCCUUAUCUAAAUAAACCAAAGUAUAAACGAUUUUGUACAGAGACAGCAAAAUCAUGGUUUAUUAAAGGACAGUGUUACUCCAGAUAACACGUAAGUUUCUUCUUGCUUUUCAGAGCCUAGCUUUCCUGCGCUUUCCUCUCCCUCCCCCGCCUUUCCUGGCCUCUCACCUGUAAGAUAGUAUUUGAUCUUAUGUUGAAAGGAGGGGAAAGUCCCUAUAUAUGAGAAUUGCUUUCUUUUUAUUCAUGGACUUGUUUUAAAAUGUAAAUUGCAACAUAGUAAUUUAUUUUUAAUUUGUAGUUGGAUGUUGUGGACCAAACGCCAGAAAGUGUUUCCAAAAACUGACGUUAAAGUGCCUGAAACUUUAAAUUGUGCUUUUUUUCCUCAUUAUAAAAAAGGGAAACUGUAUUAAUCUUAUUCUAUCAUCUUUCUUUUUGUUGAACAUACUCAUUGUUUAUUAAUAAAUUGCCAUUCAGUUUGAAUGAGACCUAUAUGUCUGGAUGCCUUAAUAAGCUUUAAUAUUAAAAAAAAUUCAGAGAUACACUAGGAAUUUGUAUUCACCCACAUCUCUGAAUAUUGGGGAAACCCUCUGAUUAGUCCAUGUCAAAUUUAGCUAAAAGUUUUUUGUUGUUGUUUUUAGAUUUUUCUGGCAGCAUCUUCUGCAAAAUGUACUGUAGUCAAUUGCUUUGAGGGUAGUUUAAAAAAAUUCCUAAACAGAUCUGAGUUGGCAUAUAAACAAAUACUUUUUCAGUAAUGACUGAACAUGAUUUGGAAAUUUUAAGCCUAUGAAUCAGCAGCAGUCUCAUCACAGUGUUACCUGUGUGUAGAGAUGCAGAUGUGCCUCAAGAUACUCACAGAUGGGGAUUUGGCUCCUCUGUCCCGUAUACAAUUUCAGUGUUGAGUACCUUAUACACCCCUUGUGAGCCAGAUGUGGAAUAGAUUUUUCCUAUUAAUUUCAGUACUUUGGAAGAGGAAAAAAUAUACCUGUUUUUAAAUGUAUGUAUAUAAUUCAUUCAUAUUUACAGCCCUUCGUGUGAUACAUAGAAGGGUUGCUUUUUUAAAAUAUAAAUAUUGCAAGUUGGAAAGAAAUAUUUAAUCUUUGGGAAACUCUUUUAGAAGAUAUGUUUGUAGAAAAUUAUUAUGGAAAAAGAUUUAAAGCAAUAACAAAAAGGAAAGAGACGGGCAGGGGCAGAACAUCUUAGUCCAGGGUGCUUCCCCGCUCCCCUCCCAACCAAUUUUUCUUGUUAAUUUACAGUUAAACCCAGGGGGCAAUUCAGAUGGGCCCUCCCCCACUUUUGUAAAUAACCCAGGAAAUGUAAUAAAUUCAUUAUCUUAGGGUGAUCUGCCCUGUCAAUCAGACUUUGGUGAGAUGGCGAUUUGAUUACAGACAUUCAGGGCCUUUAAGUUUGUUUUCGAGAUAAUGCAGUUUCCUAUCUGCCGCUCCUAUCUAGAGGCAACACUUAAGCAGUAAUUGCUGUUGCUUGUUGUCAAAAUUUGAUCAUUGUUAAAGGAUUGCUGCAAAUAAAUACACUCUAAUUUCAGU